UCUCAUUCUGCCUGACAGCUAGACCUGACUAGCAGAUCACAGAACCAUUCCCUGGAAUCAUCGUGCAACUCCCAGUGCUGAAACUUGGCAAAGUAAACGGAGCCGCCAUCAGAUGAGGAUCAGCAAAUCCCGGUGAUGUUUAUUUUCCUUUGCUUUAAACUGGAUGAAACUUCACUAUGCACAGACAGCAAAGAAGAGCUAACACUGGGCUUCUACUACUAUUUGCCCAAAUUUAUCAAUUUGGACUCAACAACAUCCCCCCCGUGACGUUGGCGACACUUGGACUGAAUGUCUAUCUUUUUCUAAACCCUGUAAAGCAUCUGCAUUAUGUUUGUAUUAGCGUACAUGAGGGCUACCACCGAGGAGACUGGCAGCGCCUGCUCCUAUCUCCAUUUCACCAUGCCGAUGACUGGCACCUGUACUUUAACAUGGUGUCUCUCUUAUGGAAGGGCACCAAGCUAGAGCAAAGGCUGGGAAGUGUUCAGUUUGCACUGAUAAUUGCUGUCUUCUCUCAGCUCAUCGGAGUGGUUUAUGUUCUCCUGGAAUUACUCCUAGCUGAGACCAUGGAUGACCCAUCUUACAGGAUGCAAUGUGCUGUGGGAUUCUCUGGGGUUCUGUUUGCCUUGAAAGUCCUUACGAAUCAUUAUUACCCUGGAGGAUCCACCAGUUUAUUUGGCCUCCAAGUUUCUAACAAGUACGCCUGCUGGGCUGAGCUGGUAGCGAUCCACAUGCUGUCACCGGGGACGUCUUUCAUUGGACACCUCUCGGGGAUCCUGGUUGGCUUGCUGUACACACAUGGACCUUUGGGGACGAUUCUGGGAACUGCAGUAUCAUUUUUCACCAAUGACCGUCCAGCAAGACAACAGAGUUACUACAAUUCUGGGUAUGCCAGGUAUCCAGAGUACCAGUUCCAAGGAAACCGUGCUCCGGGGGCCUAUAAUGUGUACACUGGAGGGCUUAAUGAAGAAGAACAGCUGCAGCAAGCCAUAAGGGAGAGUCUUAAUGGCCCAGGUCGUGGGGCGCCACGGGAGCCAUCCUUGGAGGAAAUCAGAAGACGAAGAUUGAACAGAUUUUAAAACUGAUUUCUAAAGAUCUGGUAAAUGUAAAAUGUAAACUAUCCUCAGUGAGAUGUGUACAUUUAUCACACACCAUUAGCCACAGAUGAAUAAAUCCUGCACAUUGUGGGAUUUAUGCUCAAUGAUCCUAUUUCAAGCAUUUUCUACCUAGUAAAAUAAAACGAAAUGUGUGUCCGCUUUGCUUUCUUUAUGGACAUUGUUUUUGCUUUUUUAUGCAGACUUUUUAUAUGGGUUAAAAAAAGGAACCUAGUGAGCAUCUUGCCAAGACUUAUGGUGUAAAAGUGUCUCUUAGUAGUGACCCAACAGAAUUUGUGUUAAAAUGGUAUUCCCAUCUGGGACAUUGAUGGCAUAUCGCUAGGAUAUACCAUCAAUGUCAGAUAGGUGCAGGUUCCACAUCUAGGACCUGCUCCUAUCUCCAGAACGGAACCCCUGAAGUGAACAGAGAACAGCUGCGCAUGCACAGCCACUUUCCAUUCACCGCUUUGAAAGUUCUGAAAUGACCGUACCAUAGCAGUGAACAGAGAGGUGGUUGUACUUGCGCGGUGCGCUUUCCAUUCACCACUAUGGGACUUCUGAAAAUAGCCGAGCGCACUCGCUCAGCUAUUGUGGGAACUCCCUAAACCAUGAAUGGAGAGCACACUGUGUAUGUGCUGUGUGUUCUUUUUCACUUUCGGGGCCACAUUCCCUAGAUAGAAGUGGAUCCCAGAGGUGGGACCUGCCCCUUUCUGACACUGAUAGGUUAUCCUAGUGUACCAGGUGGGCCAGCCCCUUUAAGUUAUAGUAACGUUUGUCAGAUUUGUUGAUGUGAAUAACUUUGUGGAUAACUGGAGAGCAGAGCUCAAAGGCUGUGGACAUCUUUGUGGUGAUUUUUUUUAUUGAAUUUGCUGUAUUAUUAGAAAAAAACAUAUUUGCAAUUAUUUUUUAUUAAAAAUGUUUCUCUAUUUGUCCUUUGAAGCCUAUAGUACAUGAAUUCUCAUACAUUACAUGCAGCUCAGUCCUGUUCAGUGUCCCUGCUCAGUCCCUUCAUGCUACAUUCACACAACUGUGAAAAACAGCUCUGUAAUGGCCGUCACACGGCCUUUUUUCAGAACCAUUGCAGUCUAUUUAAAGGGCUAUUUACAUGGCCAUUUACAUGGCUGUCAAAAAAUAGGACAUCCUGGUGGCA